CUUCUUCAGACUGGGCUCCUGUAAGGAGGAGAUAAAGUCCUUCCAGUAGGACAGUCCCCUCCUCGCAGUCGCCGUCUGACUUCCUGGACAAGCUCAUGGGGAAAAGGUCUGGCUAUGACGCCCGCAUCAGACCCAACUUCAAAGGUACGUCAAAAAGUAUGUUCAGAAGUAGGCCACAGUGCCCAUAAAAAAACACUGAAACUUCACUAAAUUAAAGCAGACAGCCACCAAAAAAAAAAAAAAAAAGAUAUAAGAUAGGACUUGCCUGUAGAAAUGGAUAGGAAGCUUGUAACUGCGCAUACCAUGUGGUUGCUUAACUUAGAAUUCCAUAAACCAAUGUGAUGCAUUUUUUGUUAGCUUAGUUCUCUGUUAUAAAGUUAAAGGAAGUGAUUCAUGCCUAGUAUUUCAACUUGCAAAGAGGCAGGAGAGACACAGUAUUCCCUACUAGAGAGCCACUGGAAUCAGAAACACAGUCGUUCCCCACAAGGACCCAGCUACAAUAGUGUCAUACAUAUUUCAUACCUGCUCCACAUCAUAGAGUUGACAGCAAGACACUCUCCACUUCCUGCACAUACAAUUACCCUCACAGUGUCAUUCAAAGAUUUUAAAAUAAUCUUUAUGAAACCUUUUUACAGCAGGUCAAACAGUGAAAGGAUUAUUCCAUAUAAGGAGUGAUGGAUUUUAUUUUGGUUCUUUUUUCAGGUCCGCCUGUGAAUGUCACCUGUAAUAUUUUCAUCAACAGCUUUGGGUCCAUCACGGAAACGACUAUGGUGAGAAGACACGUCUGAGCAAAGUCAACUGAGUGAAUUGAAUUUCCAUAGUGAAUUAACAUCCUGGAAUUAGAACUAUACAUCAUUUAAAGCUAAUAAUUGAAUAUGUUGGCGACUACUGCCAUCUUGAACAGGUCUCUCUUGUAAAAGAGAUUUGAUCUCAAAAAGACAAAAUUAUAAAAAUAAAGGUUAAAUAUUUUUGGGGGAUGAACAUGCACAUUAUACAAAAUACCAUCAUUAUGGUCUCAUUGCUCUGUAAUCAUGAAUUACCUUGAUAAGGAUCAUAUUUGAGCAGGUUUCCACUAGCUAAAUCCCAGAAUUUACAAAAGAGAAAUCUGAAAGCUCUCCAGUUAAUAUAAUACCUUGUUAAUUCCCAACCUUUGGCCUGCUCAGUAUUGGAGCAAUUCCCUCACCACUCUCCCUUUAUUUCCUCGAGCCUAUCAGAGCAAUCUUCAGAGAACAGUGGGUCAGUGAUGUUCUGAUAAUGAACAGUCCACUCUGCAAUUAAAAUGAAAAAUUGGGGAAAGUGCUUGGUCAGUAGAUUGUAGCAGUGAGCUGUUAAAGGUUAUUGGACCCAGAGGGCUUGACCCCAUGUUAGGUCAGCAUGGACAGAGAGGACACUAAUGAUGUCACUGGACGCUGUGGCCCAGUGUUUGUUGUGCUGUCCUUAAUUUAUUUGUGAUACCUCAUGGGAACGGAGACAGACAGUUGAAAACUGCCAGGGAAGAACACAGCCACAGAGUCUCUCAUUACCAUGAGCAUUUACUAGAAUGAUUUACUUGAAUAACUCCUGUGACUAAAUGAGGACGUGUACUUUUUGUGGAAUCGAACCAAAUUUCAAAGUAGCUGUUCAUUUUGCUUCCCAUGAAGCUGAUUGUUGUCAUUUCGACAGGCACUGAACAAUACUUGGAUUAACCCAGAAUCUGGUACUACAGGUAACAGCACUACAGGUAACUGCCAAAAUAAAGAAAACACUUGAGUAAAUGAGGGAUACAAAGUAUAUUGAAAGCAAGUGCUUCCAACCGAAAAACAUUUUCCUCAUUAUUUCCAUUCACGAGGUAGAAUGAACGCGUGUGUCAGCCCUUGAGAAUUGAACCUCGACGAUUCUUGAGUUUGGACGCUGCCAUUGGACGUGAUGCAACGCGGGCAGUAUAGCAGCUUUCAUUGAUUUCAAAGGUAGCGGUCCCUGAUGGCAAUGCCGGAUGCCCGAUGGCUGUAGUGUGGCAGGGCCGUUAGGGUCAUGUAUAAAGAUGCCCAGUAUCCAGAGUAUUUUCAGAUUUCGUUAUGAACAAAUGCGGCGAAAAGUACAGUAAAUGUAAAAUGCACAUAAAAAUCAACAGUGUAAUGUUUGGAUUCAGUCUUGUGUCAGGUGAACUGUUGUGUCCUCACCUUAUAGUCUAAUAAUUUUCCCAUAAUCGCCAAACUGUUCCCUUUUCAUUGGUUAUGCUUUCCAUAUUUCUUCUGUAAGAAAUAUUUCAAUUUAGCCCUAUCCAAAUAGACAUAUUCCCACGAGUGUAGGGGGUUAUUAAAACACUAUGUUGGUGUUUCCUUUAUUCUGGCAGUUACAUGUAGGUGUUCUAGGUUGUGGUCUGUUAUUUCCCCCUUUACAAACGGACAAAAUGUAAAUUAAAUGAAAAUGGUGGUUGCAUGACUGCUAAUUCCAUUAGUGUAACCCUCAACUAAAUUCAAAUCAGUCUUAUCAAGAUACACACUACUUUUCAAAGUAUAAAUACACUCUACUUUUCAAAGAACUAAUUGAAAAGAAGCUUCCCUUUGUCGCAUUGGCUUGGGUAUAAUUAACAGCUGUAUAGGUUAUUAAUUUAAUCAGACUUCCCACUUUACAUCAGAGACAGACUAUCAUUAACAGAACAUGCUAAUUAAAUAAUUGAAACCUGGCAACAGUAUCAUGGCUCAACCUCGAUGUAUCUUCCGCAAUUCCUCACAUCCCAUCUCCUCGCCUCCUUCUCAACGGCAUUCGAGGAGAAGGCCCAAAGUCCAUCCCCUCUGACAUCUUCUCCUAUGCGUUUUGAGGAGGAGGCGAGGAAAGAGGAUGCGAAGAAUCGAGAAAAGAUUAAUUGAGAAAGAGCCAAUGAGUCAAUUUCUUGGUCAAUACACAGGACUACAGGCUCAAUGUGUUCCUACGGCAAAAAUGGAACGAUCCCCGAUUGGCUUACCAGGAGUACCCAGAUAACUCCUUGGACCUGGAUCCCUCCAUGUUGGACGCCAUCUGGAAGCCUGACCUGUUCUUCGCUAAUGAGAAGGGGGCUAACUUCCACGAGGUCACCACCGACAACAAACUGCUGCGGAUCUUCCAAGAUGGGAGUGUACUGUAUAGCAUCAGGUGAGCAGAGACAGUUCGGUCUGUGGCCACAGAGGGAGCUAGUGAGUUAUUCAAGAAAAUUCUGCCUAUGGCCGAAGGGGGAGCUAGUGAUUUAUUCAUUAUGAUAACUUUGAUACCAAUAUAUUAGACCCUCAAUCAAACCCAUACACUGCUGUGAUUUGAUCUAUCUCUCCUUCAUCAACAUUCAUGAUCCCAUGAAAGGAAUUGAAAAACAUGCAGUUAAGCAUACCAUAUUGAUUACAACGGCGGAUUUAUCCGCUAGCAAUCAUCACACACUAGUCCAAAUGCAUUUUCGUAGCUACCUUUCUGAAACUGAGGAUAAAUUACACACGCAGAGAAGCUUCGAAAGGCUCAUUCAUCAGUGUAUUUGUGGGCGAUAUUUUUGUGCUUAGAAUUGCACGUUAUCGCAGCACAAUAGCAAUGGAGGCUCCUGCGAGUAGCAUAGAGCUGGUGGCUCUUGUCGCUCCUCUGGGCAAUACAUUACAGCAGGUAAUUACACAGCUUCUCUUCAAACCCAAACUCUCUAAUAGCUCCUUCUCUUCCCCACGGCUCCUUGAAGGCUCAAAGCAUCAGUGCCGCAAUAAAUAAAGGGAAGGAUGUGUCUACCAAUUAGAUUGCUAUUACAGCGGAGCCCUGUAACCAAAUGGCACCGUAACUCAUGGCAUCCUUUGCAAUUUGCCUUAUUUGAUAACCGGAGAAAACGCACACAAUUCAUGCCGUAAUGUAUAGUAAAGAGUUUAUCUAAGGGUAGGCCGUACAUUUUGCUACCGUUGAAGCAUUAGGUACAUUUUAAAUCACAUUUCUGACCUUCGAAGUCCCUUUAUUGCCCUUUGCAUGUGUAUUUGUAUUUAUUAAGGAUCUCUUUAGCUGCUGCCAAGGCAUUACAUUUCAUAACACUUUACCCAAUACAUUUAGUGUGUUCCCUCAGGCCACUUCAAUACAACAUCCAUGUGUACGUGUGUGUGUAGAGUGUAUGUCUUAUCAUGUGUGUGUGUCUAUUCCUGUGUGUCUCUUUACAGUCCCGCUGUUCCAUAAGGUGUAUUUUAAAUCCGAUUCUACUGCUUGCAUCAGUUACCUGAUGUGGAAUAGAGUUCCAUGUAGCCAUGGCUCUAUGUAGUACUGUGCGCCUCCCAUAGUCUGUUCUUGACAUGGGGAUUGUGAAGAGACCUUUGGUGGCAUGUCUUGUGGGGUAUGCAUGGGUGGCCAAGCUGUGUGCAUGUCAAAACUUCUUACAAAAACAAGUAAUGAUGAUGUCAAUCUCUCCUCCACUUUGAGCCAUGAGAGAUUUACAUGCAUAUUAUUAAUGUUAGCUCUCCGUGUACAUUUAAGAGCCAGCCGUGCGGCCCUGUUCUGAGCCAAUUGUAAUUUUCCGAAGUCCCUCUUUGUAACAGUAGUCCAGGUGCGACAAAACUAGAGCCUGUAGGACCUGCCUUGUUUAGUCACCUCAGCUUGCUAAAUUUCCACAUUAUUUGUUACAAGAUUCAGCUGAGGUUUAGGGUUUAGUGAAUGAUUUGUCCCGAAUACAAUGUUCUUAGUUUUUGAAAUAUUUAGGACUAAUUUAUUUAUUGCCACCCAUUCUGAAACUAACUGCAGCUCUUUGUUAAGUGUGGCAGUGAUUUCACUCACUGUAGUAGCUGACGUGUAUAGUGUUGAGUCAUCCACAUACAUAGCCACACAGGCUUUACUCAAGGCCAGUGGCAUGUGUCGUGGAAAUUCUAAUCAAUAAUGAGGAGAGACAAGGUCAAUCACCAAUCAGGAUAUUACUUUAUUCAAAACGUAUUAAUAAGGGAGCAGGUCACACCAUACACACAAGUGAAUAGAGUGAGUGCUCUGCAAUAAUGAAGCUGGUCGACCCAACACUCUUGAGUUUUGGGCCGAGAGCUUUGACAUGCAGAGAUUAACAGAGGACAUAUAAAUGCUUACUCAUGGCUGGUUCCACCACAACUGUCUCAAUGUGUCGAACCAACCGAUAUCUACCAGAUGAGGUAGCUAAAUAUUCUGUUCUCUGUGUUCUCCUUCGAGUACUAAGAACUGUUUGUUCUUAGAAUAGAGGAUAAGGAGAGACUUUGUUCGGAACAGAGAUACCUUGUAUCCGAACAUGCAAGUUUCAGAGUACAGAGGGUGGGGGUAAGAACACAGGAGGUGCACAGCCGUGGUGGACCAGGUACAGAGAUAUGUUAUAACAACAACUUACACAACCAGAGUAACAGGAUUGUACACACAUAUAAUUUAUAUGAACCUUAAAGUAAUGCUAAUAUAAUUUUAUUUCUCUCACACACAAAAAUAAGGGGCCUAGAUAGCUGCCCUGGGGAAUUCCUGAUUCUACCUGUAUUCCUUUGCCUCUUUGUCUUAAUUUAUCCCUGUAUGUUGUAAUUCUCUUCUUUCACGCUCUCCUUUGCCCUUUACCUUCACCUAAAGCUGCCCUUCUCUCUUUUCUCUCUCUCGUUCUAUCUCAGGCUGACUCUCAUCCUGUCCUGCCCUAUGGACUUGAAGAAUUUCCCCAUGGAUAUUCAGACCUGUACCAUGCAGCUUGAAAGCUGUGAGUCUCCUUCUUCCUCAUUUUCCUUUUCAUUUCCUCCACUCCCUUUUUCACACUGGCUUUUAGUUUAUGGUUUUAAGUUGUGAAAUUCAUAAGAGAUACACUACAUGACCAAAAUGAUGUAGGACACCUGCUCAUCGAACAUCUCAUUCCAAAAUCAUGGGCAUUAAUAUGGAGUUGGUCCCCACUUUGCUGCUAUAACAGCCUUAACACUCUUCUGGGAAGGUUUUCCACUAGAUGUUGGAACAUUGCUGCGGGGACUUGCUUCCAUUCAGCCACAAGCAUUAGUGAGGUCGGGCAAUUAUCAUGCUGGAACAGGAAAGGGCCUUCCCCAAACUGUUGCCAGAAAGUUGGAAGCACAGAAUUGUCUAGAAUGUCAUUUUAUGCUGUAGCGUUGAGAUUUCCCUUCACUGGAACUAAGGGGCCUGGCCCGAACCAUGAAAAACAGCCCCAGACAAUUAUUCCUCCUCCACCAAACUUUAUAGUUGGCACUAUGCAUUGGGGCAGGUAGUGUUCUCCUGGCAUUCGCCAAACCCAGAUUCAUCCGUCGAACUGCCAGAUGUUGAAGCGUGAUUCAUCACUCCAGAGAACACGUUUCCACUGCUCCAGAGUCAAAUGGCGGCAAGCUUUACACAACUCUAGCCGACACUUGGUAUUGUGCAUGGUGCCAUGGAAACCCACUUCAUGAAGCUCCCAACGAAUAGUUAUUGUGCUGACGUUGCUUCCAGAGGCAGUUUGGAACAUGGUGGUGAGUGUUGCAACCGAGGACAGUCGAUUUUUAUGGGCUACGCGCUUCAGCACUCGGCAGUCCCGUUCUGUGAGUUUGUAUGGCCUACCACUUUGUGGCUGAGCCGUUGUUGCUCCUAGACCUUUCCACUUCACAAUAACAGCACUUACAGUUGACUGGGGCAGCUCUAGCAGGGCAGAAAUUUGAUGAACUGACUUGUUGGAAAGGUGGCAUCUUAUGAAAGUCACUGAGUUCUCCAGUAUGGGCCAUUCUACUGCCAAUGUUUGUCUAUAGAGAUUGCAUGGCUGUGUGCUCGAUUUUAUACACCUGUCAGCAACGGCUGAAAUAGCCAAAUCCACUAAUUUGAAGGGGUGUCCACAUACCUUUGUAAUAUAACCACAUAUGAGUGACAUUGAUUGAGGUUAUAUUCAAUGCCUGAAUGUGACAGGCUAGGUUUUUAGUUGCUGCUUUUAUCAAACAUCCUCAGAUGACGGUUACUCGUGCAUACAUAAAAUGAAAAAUGGACUUUCUGACACCGACUUGUGUGAUUUAGUGACCCAGCAAUAAAAAAUUACAGUUUAGCUUUGUCAGUGAUGUCGUGUAAGGGUAAUGAAAUUCCUGUGUGGUGUAUCAAAUGUAGGAAUCUCUUCAUUACAAAUAUCUUUAGAACAAAGUCCAGUCUAUAAAGCCUGUGCAUAGCAUGUCCUUCCUUGUUACCUAAAUAAAAGGUAAACAGGGAAAAAAAGUCAAUUUGAUACCCCUUGCCCCAAGCACUGAUAGCAUCCACAAAUCCAAUUCCGAGGAUAUCAAUAAUGAAACUUUCAUUUUGUGUCCCCUUUUAUUAUAUGACCCACCCCUGGCACCCGGAGGUGGCUUAAUUCCAUCUCUGCCAGGCCAGACAAAAUAACUAGCAAGAGGAGAACCAAAUGGGAGCAAAACUGGCUCAGGAGACAACAGAUUUCUUGCUGGGAGAUCCAGCAGCAAGCAUUUGAAAUUAAUGAUAAGUCAAGUUGUGUGUUAGGAUGUUUAUUGCCUUAUACCUCUCUGUUUCAAUUGAAGAUGUUUAGGAACUUGCUUGGAGUGUAUACCCAUAUUUCAAUGCCAAAUAUGGUAAAAGAUUGAUAAAUAUAAUUGUGUGAAUCAACAUGCAGAUGUAUUAUUAGGUUCACUAUUCUCAGCAUUGCCCUACAGAGUAACUCUACCACUGUUCCUCUCAGACCUUCAGAGAUGGCAAAGACUUUGAUCACUUUCCCCCCUAAAUGUUUACCACUUGUCCUCUUGUUGUCUGCAAUUAAAUCUACCCUCCUAAAGUGUGGAGAGCAGGUGAGGAGAAAAAUCUUGGCCAACAGUGGAAAGCAUGCCAGCCAGCAAGUUUACUACCUGACAGGGCCAUUACAGGAGUCCUAAUAAUUUUUUGAUUAAAGGAAGCCCUCCUCUUCGUGUCACUAAAGGGGACAGCCAGCUCUGUUUUGACAAGUGUUAGUACACUGCCCAGGGUGUGAUCACCUUGGCUGCCUGGGGAGGACAUGACGAGGACAGUUGCAAGUUUAACUAUAAUGCGCUGUGCCAACUGCCAACGCUGCCACAUUGAGGGUGAGAGCGAGGGAAAAGAGAGAGGGAUAUCUUCGGGGGCUGAUCAUUCUGAGGAUGGAAGUCCAGACCAAUGCUGUUUGACAGCCUUAAUCUUGAUGCCUUGAGCUCUAGUAGAUAUAAAUAGUCUGCACUGUAGCUAUAUCCUACUUCAAACAACCUUUAAAACCAUCAUGUGUUCUCGUGACCCAAUUUGGUAUCCUUAAGUCAGUAAGUAGAUGUAUAAAGUGUAAAUCAACAGGACAGAGUUAGACAGUAAAUCUGAAGCUUGACCAAUUCAAAUGUGUUUUUUUUACAGGGACAAGGCCAUAAAAACGUUGGUAUCCUCAGCUAGGUCACCUCGUCAAAUACAGUCCAGACAAUGCACCUCAUAAAUUCCACUUUGACCACACACUUUGAAUAUAUUAAUUUGAUGUUUGACUCCUAUUAGUGUAUAACUGGGAACGAAAAGAUAACAUUUCGUCACCUUUAUGAAGACGUUGGUAUUCUCCUUGCUUGUUAGGGAAGGAUAUGUGAAUGACUCAGAACUCUUCAGGAGCAAGAUAAUUGUAUUUUAGUGGUCAUGUUGUUUUCAGGCUGCUGGUAAGGAUCAGGUGAUAACGUCUUGAAUAAUUUAUGUCUUUGUUACUGAGGCCCCAAGGGCCCAGACAGACAUCAGUAGUAUUAUUCAGAUGUGUCAAGUAUUGCACGGCAUUAAUGCAUGCUCCGUGCAUUUUUAAUGGUCCGGUAAUCAGACCCCUGUGAGGGGAAAUAGAGCCUUCAAAAGGUGUGGGAGGAUAGACAGGGUUGAGGUGUGUGUGUGCGCGUGUACCCAUGCAUAUUAUGUGUAUGCAUAUUUGUGUGUACGCAUAUGUAGGGCCCUAUAAAAUCAGUUUAAAUUUUUAGGCUGAUUCUGUUUGGUUUUUUCCCAAAUUCAAUUUUCUCAGUUUUGUUUUCCCAUGGUUUUCAGGUUUUCACUCUCAAAAUUACACUUUUUAAAAUAGAAAAACAACAAAAUUGGAUGUUCUAAGUCCACAACAAUGUUUAAUCCACAUCAGGAUACUAUUUUUUAGGUCUGGGAAAAUUUGAAAAAAAUGUUUUUGGGUGAAGUUACCCUUUAAUGUUUCAGUUUCAGUUUCAAGUUUUAAUGUCACAUGCACAAGUACAGUGAAAUGCUUUUCUUGCAAGCUCUAACCUCAACAAUGCAGUAAUCAAUAACAAUGUAAUAUAAAAAAUAACAAGGUAGAAAAAAAACACACGAGAUAUAAAAAUAAGAAAUAAGAAGAACAUGAUAAAGUAAGUAAGCAUACGAUAUACAGGGUCAAUUCCAGUACCAUAUUUACAAUGUGCAGGGAUACUGGAUUGAUAGAGGUAGAUACAGUGGGGAAAAAAAGUAUUUAGUCAGCCACCAAUUGUGCAAGUUCUCCCACUUAAAAAGAUGAGAGAGGCCUGUAAUUUUCCUCAUAGGUACACGUCAACUAUGACAGCCAAAUUGAGAAAAAAAAAUCCAGGGACUCAAAUCCUGCAGUGCCAGACGUGUCCCCCUGCUUAAGCCAGUACAUGUCCAGGCCCGUCUGAAGUUUGCUAGAGUGCAUUUGGAUGAUCCAGAAGAGGAUUGGGAGAAUGUCAUAUGGUCAGAUGAAACCAAAAUAGAACUUUUUGGUAAAAACUCAACUCGUCGUGUUUGGAGGACAAAGAAUGCUGAGUUGCAUCCAAAGAACACCAUACCUACUGUGAAGCAUGGGGGUGGAAACAUCAUGCUUUGGGGCUGUUUUUCUGCAAAGGGACCAGGACCACUGAUCCGUGUAAAGGAAAGAAUGAAUGGGGCCAUGUAUCGUGAGAUUUUGAGUGAAAACCUCCUUCCAUCAGCAAGGGCAUUGAAGAUGAAACGUGGCUGGGUCUUUCAGCAUGACAAUGAUCCCAAACACACCGCCCGGGCAACGAAGGAGUGGCUUCGUAAGAAGCAUUUCAAGGUCCUGGAGUGGCCUAGCCAGUCUCCAGAUCUCAACCCCAUAGAAAAUCUUUGGAGGGAGUUGAAAGUCCGUGUUGCCCAGCGACAGCCCCAAAACAUCACUGCUCUAGAGGAGAUCUGCAUGGAGGAAUGGGCCAAAAUACCAGCAACAGUGUGUGAAAACCUUGUGAAGACUUACAGAAAACAUUUGACCUGUGUCAUUGCCAACAAAGGGUAUAUAACAAAGUAUUGAGAAACUUUUGUUAUUGACCAAAUACUUUAUUUUCCACCAUAAUUUGCAAAUAAAUUCAUUAAAAAUCCUACAAUGUGAUUUUCUGGAUAUUUUUUUCUCAUUCUGUCCGUCAUAGUUGACGUGUACCUAUGAUGAAAAUUACAGGCCUCUCUCAUCUUUUUAAGUGGGAGAACUUGCACAAUUGGUGACUGACUAAAUACUUUUUUUCCCCCACUGUAUGUAUAGGGGUAAGGUGACUAGGCAUCAGGAUAUAUGAUAAACAGAGUAGCAGCAACGUAUUUGAUGAUUGUAUGUGAGUGGGUGUGUGUAGAGUCAGUAUAAAUGUAUGUGCAUAUUAUGUGUGUGUGAGCAAAUGAUGGAGUGAGUGUUUUUAUGUGUGUUGGCGUAUCAGUAUACGUAGUGUGUAGGGCCCUGUGAGUGUGCAUAGAGACAGUGCAAAAAUAAGAAUAAAAUGGAAAAGGUCAACUCCAUGUAGCCAUUUAGUUAGCUAUUUAGUUAGCUACUUAGCAGUCUUAUGCAAUGCUUAAUUUGUAAAUCGGGAGGUGCAGUAACAAAAAGUGAGCGCCAGAGGGGGGUGACCUGGGGAGUUUUGAGGUAACCGAUUGCAUGAGAAAAAAAAUCACUUUUAUAAUAAAGCAUUGCAUGCAUAUCAUCGCAUUUGCGUAGUGGCAUAGAGCAGUAGAGUAGAGGCACUUACAAAAGUUGGGGAACAUCUUUAGUAGCCUAGGGUCCGGAAAAUGUUUGGCCUUUUAUAAACACAUUUCAUGCAAUUCUACGUCAUUUUACAUGACUGGAGACUUUGGCCGAAUCUUUUUUAAUACCGCACAAUUGAUCGAAAUGGCAGGCUACUUUGACACUGACAAACUGAGAAUCUGAGAUCAAUAAAAACGACCUUUUCUUGAAUCCAUCAAUGCCCUAGGCUUAGGUGUGUGGAGACACAUAUUGUAGGUAACAAUAUGAGGAGGAAAUGAUAGUCCUAAAAAUGCUUUCAAGUUUCACUGACUCACCCAAUGAUGCGCAGCUCACUCGCUGGUGAUGGCCGAUGCGCUCGGGCCAAAAGCCUAUCUCUCUCUUGUUUUACUUUUAAAACAAUAUUUGGAAGUUUAUCAAAUAUUUUGGUAGCCUACAGUAUAGAGUCUUCUCUUUUCAGCAGGAGCCAUUUGCUUUCCAACAUGUGUUUUCCCUCGAUUGUAUUUGAAAUUAUGCAAAAUACCUGUUUGUCUGCAUGCUGUUUUUUCACUGACAGAUUUGCCGCACGUUCCCGACUGUAGGCUAUUCCUUGUUAUUGGGCUACAAUCCACAGCAAGGCUAUUUUUUAAGUAGCUAUUGAUCCUCUGUGGCUAAAUUAUAGGCCUUCUCAUUGUGUAGUAGGCUAUUCUGAAUGAUUUCAUUUAUUUCUGAACAGACAGCAGUGAUUGCAUAACUUCUAUAACUAUUUUAUUUCAAUUUAUUAGGGGUGCUUGCAGUUCCUUCAGAACCACUCACGCAAUUCUAUAAGGAAAUAAAUGAUGAAGUACAACGCUGGAGAGAUGAGAGUUGUAGGCUCAUGUUUAUCAGAGCAGAGAGGAAGAGAGAUCGUGAGCCUGUGAAAUGUUCAACGAAUUGUGUGAGGGGUAGGAAUGAGCGGAUAUCUCCAUCCCCUUCUCCAGCCGUUGUAUUGGGCAGUUCAAUGGUGAGACAUGUCUCAGUCCCUGGAGCAAAUAAUUUGUGCUAUCAAGGAGCAUGAGUACAGGACAUCAAUAAGCUGCUCCCAAACAUUUUAAACCUGCAUCAGGAAAUUGAGUCGAUCAUAGUUCAUGUGGGAUUCAAUGACAUUAUGAAGGGCAGCUCAGAACAGCUGAAGAUGGAUUUGAAAGAACUGAUUGGGUCUCUGCUUGUAACCAACAAACGCCCCAUAAUAUCUGGCCUUGUGCCCCCCCUAAAUUGUGGCAUUGAACGUUUCAGCAGACUUUUAGCCCUCCAUAACUAUCUACGAGACUAUUGCAGCUCUGUGGGUGUAACAUUUAUUGGCAAUUUUGAUACCUUCUGGAAACCACCACCCAAAUCAUUUGGGUUCCUGGAUCCUUUCACAGCAUUAUAAGGCUGUGUUGAGACAAUGACUUAUCAAUGACCCAAACCCAGCUCAAUUAAUCCCUACCAUUGUGUUGCUGAGUUGCCAUAAUGCUUCAGCAAAUGUACAUUAUCCCAGGGGCUUUGGAAGACACAAUGUAAGUAACCUAAUUUAUGUCCCUCUAACUGCCCUGAAGUCUGAAUACUUUCCGAAUGCACUGUAACUGUCUUAAUAUUGCUCGACCCCAGGAAGAGUAGCUGCUGCCUUGGCAGCAGCUAAUGGGGAUCCUUAAUAAAUACAAAUACAAAGUUAAUCUCAUUCUAGUUAUGUGAGAGAUAUUGCCGCGCUUCUCACAUGGCCACGGCCAUGCGUUGGUUUCAAACAUAGAUUACAAUGUUGCGCAAACUAUAAAGCCGGGUUGAAACUCUACUUUUUAACGUUCAGGAAUUCCUUUCACGCCGCCUGAUAUAGAGGUUCUGGAUGGCAGGGAGCUCAGCCCCAUUGAUGUACUGGGCUGUCUGCACCACCCUCUGUAGCACCAUGCGAUUGAGAGCGGUGCUAUUGCCAUACCAAGCAGUGAUGCAGCCAGUCACGAUGCUCUCAAUGGUACAGUUGUAGAACUUUUUGAGGAUUUGAGGGCCCCAUGCCAAACCUUUUCAACCUCCUUAGGGGGAAGAGGCGCUGUCGCGCCUUCUUCACAACUGUGCGCGUGUGUGUGGACAUUUUAAGUUCUUAGUGAUUUGGACACCGAGGAACUUCAAUCUCUCGACCCGCUCCACUGCAGCCCUGUGCAAGUUGUUGCUGUAGCGCUUAUGUGAUUGAGGAGUUUGCAAAACAAAUGGCCACUGAAUUGAUGUAAAUAAUCAUGAUGUCAUUCUGCAAGGUAGGCAUAGGCUACUUUGUAGAUAACAUUUAAUUGACAAGGUUUUUGGUAAAGCCUAUCCAUCUCUACCAGAAGAAGGUUAUCAUUAGCAUCAUCGCUAACAGCUACACAAAGUGUAGACAUACGCACGCACUGCACACUUAGGCACAGAGGCAUUCCUGUGCCGUUUAAGAAAGAUGCCUGAAAAUACAAAUCACUGAUUCAUUUUGUUCAUGUUUUAUGAUUCACUUGGUCAGAUUAAUGCAUUUCCUACUAAUAAGUUCAAUACAUUUUUUUUUAUAUUGUUGAAAUCCGUUUUAUGGGGCCCUACAUACAGUUGAAGUCGGACGUUUACAUACACCUUAGCCAAAUACAUUUAAACUCAGUUUUUCACAAUUCCUGACAUUUAAUCCUAGUAAAAAUUCCCUGUCUUAGGUCAGUUAGGAUCACCACUUUAUGUUAAGAAUGUGAAAUGUCAGAAUAAUAGUAGAGAGAAUGAUUUAUUUCAGCUUUUAUUUAUUUAAUCACAUUCCCAGUGGGUCAGAAGUUUACAUACACUCAAUUAGUAUUUGGUAGCAUUGCCUUUAAAUUGUUUAACUUGGGUCAAACGUUUUGGGUAGCCUUCCACAAGCUUCCCACAAUAAGUUGGGUGAAUUUUGGACCAUUCCUUCUGACAGAGCUGGUGUAACUGAGUCAGGUUUGUAGGCCUCCUUGCUCGAACACAUUCUUUUUCAGUUCUGCCCACACAUUUUCUAUAGGAUUGAGGUCAGGGCUUUGUGAUGGCCACUCCAAUACCUUGCCUUUGCUGUCCUUAAGCCAUUUUGCCACAACUUUGGAAGUAUGCUUGGGGUCAUUGUCCAUUUGGAAGACCCAUUUGCGACCAAGCUUUAACUUCCUGACUGAUGUCUUAAGAUGUUGCUUCAAUAUUUCCACUUAAUUUUCCUUCCUCAUGAUGCCAUCUAUUUUGUGAAGUGCACCAGUCCCUCCUGCAGCAAAGCACCCCCACAGCAUGAUACUGCCACCCCCGUGCUUCACGGUUGGGAUGGUGUUCUUCGGCUUGCAAGCAUACCCCCUUUUUCCUCCAAACAUAACGAUGGUCAUUGUGGCCAAACAAUUCUAUUUUUGUUUCAUCAGACCAGAGGACAUUUCUCCAAAAAGUAAGACCUUUGUCCCCAUGUGCAGUUGCAAACCGUAGCCUGGCUUUUUUAUGGUGGUUUUGGAGCAGUGGCUUCUUCCUUGCUGAGCGGCCUUUCAGGUUAUGCCGAUAUAGGACUCGUUUUACUGUGGAUAUAGAUACUUUUGUACCUGUUUCCUCCAGCAUCUUCACAAGGUCCUUUGCUGUUGUUCUGGGAUUGAUUUGCACUUUUCGCACCAAAGUAUGUUCAUCUCUAGGAGACAGAACGCAUUUCCUUCCUGAGCGGUAUGACGGCUGCGUGGUCCCAUGGUGUUUAUACUUGCGUACUAUUGUAUGUACAGAUGAACGUGGUACCUUCAGGCGUUUGGAAAUUGCUCCCAAGGAUGAACCAGACUUGUGGAGGUCUACAAAAACAAUUUUCUGAGGUCUUGGCUGAUUUAUUUUCAUUUUCCCAUGAUGUCAAGCAAAGAGGCACUGAGUUUGAAGGUAGGCCUUGAAAUACAUCCACAGGUACACCUCCAAUUGACUCAAAUUAUGUCAAUUAGCCUGUCAGAAGCUUCUAAAGCCAUGACAUCAUUUUUUGGAAUUUUCCAAGCUGUUUAAAGGCACAGUCAACUUAGUGUAUGUAAACUUCUGACCCACUGGAAUUGUGAUACAGUGAAUUAUAAGUGAAACAAUCUGUCUGUAAACAAUUGUUGGAAAAAUUACUUGUGUCAUGCACAAAAUAUAUGUCCUAACCGACUUGUCAAAACUAUAGUUUGUUAACAAGAAAUGUAUGGAGUGGUUGAAAAACUAGUUUUAAUGACUCCAACCUAAGUGUAUGUAAACUUCCGACUUCAACUGUAUGUACAGUGGGGGAAAAAAAGUAUUUAGUCAGCCACCAAUUGUGCAAGUUCUCCCACUUAAAAAGAUGAGAGAGGCCUGUAAUUUUCAUCAGAGGUAUACGUCAACUAUGACAGACAAAAUGAGAAAAAAAUCCAGAAAAUCACAUUGUAGGAUUUUUUAUGAAUUUAUUUGCAAAUUAUGGUGGAAAAUAAGUAUUUGGUCAAUAACAAAAGUUUCUCAAUACUUUGUUAUAUACCCUUUGUUGGCAAUGACACAGGUCAAACGUUUUCUGUAAGUCUUCACAAGGUUUUCACACACUGUUGCUGGUAUUUUGGCCCAUUCCUCCAUGCAGAUCUCCUCUAGAGCAGUGAUGUUUUGGGGCUGUCGCUGAGCAACACGGACUUUCAACUCCCACGAUACAUGGCCCCAUUCAUUCUUUCCAUUACACGGAUCAGUCGUCCUGGUCCCUUUGCAGAAAAACAGCCCCAAAGCAUGAUGUUUCCACCCCCAUGCUUCACAGUAGGUAUGGUGUUCUAUGGAUGCAACUCAUAAUUCUUUGUCCUCCAAACACGACGAGUUGAGUUUUUACCAAAAAGUUCUAUUUUGGUUUCAUCUGACCAUAUGACAUUCUCCCAAUCCUCUUCUGGAUCAUCCAAAUGCACUCUAACAAACUUCAGACGGGCCUGGACAUGUACUGGCUUAAGCAGGGGGACACGUCUGGCACUGCAGGAUUUGAGUCCCUGGCGGCGUAGUGUGUUACUGAUGGUAGGCUUUGUUACUUUGGUCCCAGCUCUCUGCAGGUCAUUCACUAGGUCCCCCCGUGUGGUUCUGGGAUUUUUGCUCACCGUUCUUGUGAUCAUUUUGACCCCACGGGGUGAGAUCUUGCGUGGAGCCCCAGAUCGAGGGAGAUUAUCAGUGGUCUUGUAUGUCUUCCAUUUCCUAAUAAUUGCUCCCACAGUUGAUUUCUUCAAACCAAGCUGCUUACCUAUUGCAGAUUCAGUCUUCCCAGCCUGGUGCAGGUCUACAAUUUUGUUUCUGGUGUCCUUUGACAGCUCUUUGGUCUUGGCCAUAGUGGUGUUUGGAGUGUGACUGUUUGAGGUUGUGGACAGGUGUAUUUUAUACUGAUAACAAGUUCAAACAGGUGCCAUUAAUACAGGUAACUAGUGGAGGACAGAGGAGCCUCUUAAAGAAGAAGUUACAGGUCUGUGAGAGCCAGAAAUCUUGCUUGUUUGUAGGUGACCAAAUACUUAUUUUCCACCAUAAUUUGCAAAUAAAUUCAUUAAAAAUCCUACAAUGUGAUUUUCUGGAGAAAAAAAAUCUCAAUUUGUCUAUCAUAGUGUACGUGUACCUAUGAUGAAAAUUACAGGCCUCUCUCAUCUUUUUAAGUGGGAGAACUUGCACAAUUGGUGGCUGACUAAAUACUUUUUUCCCCCACUGUAUGUGUGUGCUCAAAGUAAUUACAAUCUAGUCUUCAGUGGUCACUAAUGGCUGCUUUGUCUACUGUGAUGUAUGUUUGCUUAAACAGCUGACAGGCUUUGCGGGUCUUUGGCGACGUAAACACGUAUAAGCGAAUGCAAGGCCAACCCUGCAUCCAUUAAGCCAUCAGCUCCCGCUGUUGGGAAAGCAUGCACCUCACGUUCACCCUUCAUGUUCGACCUUCAAGCCACCGGUCUGCCACUUUGGCAUAUGACUUUUAUCAUGAUAAACAGGCGGGAGGGAGAUGGGAAUGGCAGCUGGACUGAAGGAUGUCACCCUGUUUACUCCCCACCACUCACUCUCUCCCUCACCAUCCACCACCCUCUUUUCCUUCACACCUGUCUUUCACUCUCCAACCCUCCCUGUCUCUCCCUUUCUCAACUCUAUCCCUCUCUCCAUAUCUUUCCCUUUGGUACCUCUCUCUCAGUUUCUCAUCUUCUCUCCCCCCUCUCUCGCUCUCUCUUUCUCUUUCACCCUCCCUCCUGUGUCUCUCCCACUCUAAUCUUAUCUCUUUCUCUCUCUGUAGUUGGGUAUACCAUGAAUGAUCUAAUCUUCGAGUGGUUGGUCGAGAACCCCGUGCAGGUGGCUGAUGAUCUUACGCUCCCACAGUUUGUGCUGAAAGAUGAGCAGGAUUUGGGCUACUGUACCAAGCACUACAACACAGGUGGGACCUUGGUGGAACUUCAGUGGAAGAGCACAUUGUUAUCAUUGUUUUUCUGAAAAGAACAUAAAUGGCAAUAUGGAGCUUUGGGGUUCGGGGAUUGAAUCCAAGUUUAAGAAAAGAGUUCAGAGCAUAACUUGAUGAGAAAGACGGUGCUUUCUGCAGAAUGAUUAAAAGUGCUAGAUGCUGCAGAAUCAUUGAUAAAUGUACAUGAGAAAAAAGCAAAUUAAGUGCUCAAUGGAGUGGCAGCAACUUCCUUCUCAACAUAUGAUCUGAACUCCAUGGACCAGUGGCAACUUUUCCAACCUACACACUUAAACCACAUAAAUUCUACUGAAUUUGCCAAAAGACUGACAUAAGUACUUGCCAAUUCUAUCGGUUAUGGUGGCAGGUAAAUUUACCUGCAUCGAGGUUAAGUUCCACCUGGAGAGACAGAUGGGCUACUACCUGAUCCAGAUGUACAUCCCUAGCCUGCUCAUCGUCAUCCUGUCCUGGGUCUCCUUCUGGAUCAACAUGGAUGCUGCCCCGGCUAGAGUGGGCCUGGGCAUCACCACCGUGCUCACCAUGACCACCCAGAGCUCUGGGUCCCGGGCCUCUCUACCCAAGGUGAGCAUAGAUAAGGCUCUACCAACACAUGGGAUGUAGUGUUAAAAAGUAAGGCAAGUAAGUGGGAUGAUGGAUAGCGAGUAUAGUAAGAGCUAGCAAUUUUGCAAGGCGUGUAAACACUAUUCACAUGAAGCAUCACUGUCAACUCAAAGCUUGUAGGAACUGGUAGCAUUGGUGGGUAUGUAUCAGAAUGUUUCAAAUUGUUUCUAUUUAAUCGAAUGACUCCUCUCCCAAUGCUGAUUGGCUAUUUCAGAUGUCACUUUAGUAGACUGGCACCUGGUUAUUGUCACCUGCCAGAUCAACAGAAUGCAAUGUAAUGGUCCAGUACAUAACCAAUUACUUCUAGCAUCUGCAAUGAUUGGCACGACGCACAUGUGAAUGUACCUUAACUGGAUAAGUAGCUGCUGCCUCACAUGCUAGGCCUCUAGGUUCGUUAGACUGGAAAAGCCAAUAUAGAUAGAUACAGUAGCUAGGCCAUGUCUAGACAGGUAGCUGGCAAACUAUUACUAUGGAGUGAACUGGAACUGGAAUUACAAACUUGAGUUUGACAUGUUUUGACCUUAGCGUGUUCAUGAACAGAGCAGAGUUGACAUUCCCUGUGUCUUACUGUGACCUCUCUCAUGGCUGAUGCAUGAGUCUAUGUGCAUCUGAUGCAUCUGCCUGCAUCUUAUUGACUCCCAUUAAAAUGUUGGGCCAUUCUGAGGACAUGGCUUAUUAGUCUCACUAGUCCCAUGUAGCUCAGUUGGUAGAGCUGCGCCAAGGUUGUGGGUUUUGAUUCCCACAGGGGACCAGUACGACAAAUAUAAAAAAAAUGUAUGCACUAACUGUAAGUCGCUCUGGAUAAGAGCGUCUGCUAAAUGACUAAAAUAUAGUCUGCCUGUUUAGGGCAGUGUCAUUACGCCAUUUCCCCCUAAUUAUGCCAACCAACGCCUCCAUUGAUUCGCUAUUGAUGACCCGGUGACCUUGUGUGCCCCUCCCCGCAAGGUGUCCUACGUGAAGGCCAUUGACAUCUGGAUGGCCGUGUGCCUGCUGUUCGUGUUCGCCGCGCUGCUCGAGUACGCGGCAGUCAACUUUGUCUCGCGGCAACACAAGGAGUUUAUCAGGCUGAGGAAGAAGCGGCGGCGGCAAAGAAUAGUGAGUGUAAAUCACCAGACACACACUGGACACACACAGACCUGUCACUUUCUACCACACUGAUUUACAGACCUUGUUAUUGUGCGCCGCUGUAUAUUCAGAGACUGACAACGGCAACACGCUACAGCUGGCCGUCACUUUACAUGAGAAAGAUCAGCUUGUUUCAGGCUCAGAUCAUUUCCAUGGUGAACACUGACCUGCACAGAUGUCCAUGUGCUCCCUGAUCCCCUCGUCACACCAUUAACCUGCUCGGUAACACAGGCUAAACCUGUCCUUCAGCCUCGCAUCACUGGAACUCUGGGAGAGUAAUAUAAGGGGUUUUAUGGCUGAACAAGAGCUUAGGAGGAGUAGAAUAUUGCUGAUCUGAAGUAUUACUAUCCAGCCAAACAAACCAAUCCACCAUGUACCCACGUGUAGAGAAUGGAGAGCGGUGGUGCUACUGAGCGCAAAUUACCAGAUGGGAGACCCUUUAGCGAAAAAGAAAAUUGACUCUCAAGAGCAGAGACAACAGAAUCUGAAAAAACGCAUGAAAACGGUGGCCCAAAAUGGCUGGGCUAUUUUCCCAGACUUGUAGUAAAGCUCCCACUGUCCAGGGCAGACAAAUCCCACAGAUUUAGUGGUCUGUCUACUGGACCCAAAUACAAUAAAAGGAGUGAAAUGGUUCUCCAUGAGCGCAAGAAGUAACUCCUCUCCACAUCAGUAGGGCAAUUACUCCCAUCGAGGCAUUUGGCUUCUGAAUUAUCUAUCUAGGGUGGUAUUGAUGCGUGGCCUUGGGCUGGUGGAGCACACCUAGCUACCAUCACUGACUGACCAGGGUUGAUCAAUACCUACUGUACCUCCAUGGUCUUCAGCUUGGCUUUGAAAAACAACAGAGGGCAGUCAGACCCUGACCCCCAAGCUCCCAUGUACGUCUACUGUAUACACUACAGCUUACAUCACACAGGAAAUACAACUACUUUAUAUCUACUGUGUAAGAAAAUGAGUUAUAUUGCAGUUUUUGCAAAGCCAACUUACUCUAGUUCCUCAAGGAUAUUUUCCUCAGCCUCCUGAGCUAUAGUAAUUCCCUUGGUUACUGCCGUGGAUGAUGUAUCGUACUUUUAACUUUUUCCUUGAGUGCUUCUCUGAUUUAAAGGCUAAAUGGCAUAGCUUGUUUUCCUUUUAGUUCCGCACCACCAUGUUUGAUAUAUUUUAUGUCCACAUCUUUUAUCUAUUUUUGGCUCAAAGCAAGUACUGUACUUUUGCUGAAUUUGGAAUGAAGCAGAUAACAUUUCCUGCACUCAGCAAAAAGCAGAUUAGCAUUUCUCAGGAAUUAAGUUUUGCAGCAGCUGAGCACAUAAUUCUUUCAGUAGCCGUGUAUUAUAGACAAAAGCUGAGAAAAAAAGUACACAAUCCAACGUGCAGCUAAUUUCUGAUUGGUAUUAAAAGAGAGAAUAGCAUGGUUUCAAAUGACAUUUUUCCAAUCUGUGUAUUGUUCCUUUCCCUACGGAGGCCAUGGCCUUGGCCAAUCAACCGGGGAGUGUAGAGUCACUGAGGAAAGUAAACGACCUGCCUGGCAACAACACUAUCAGCACCAGCUACCACGGAAACCUGAGUCAGCACUGCAGCGCCUGUGCCAGGGUAAAACUGACCCCUGUAUCACCUCUGACCCCAAAGUGAAUGUUCCGUCACCUCUGUCCACUCAAACUGAAUCUGUUGUCACCAUUGACCCCCGAAACCGAAUGUCUUCCAUCUGAUAUCUUUCUGUGUCAUCGGCUCCAGGUGUGUUCUCUCCAAUGGGGGGGGUGGGGGGGGGGGGGGGGGGGGGGGGAUGUGUUUCACCUUCCCUGUCUUCUCAAGAAAGCACUUUUCUUUUUCAGGACAUCCUCUGCUCUGAGGGUGUUGGCAUGUGUUGAUCGCUUAGUACUUGGGGAUCUUUUUUGUUGAGUAAAAAAUAUGCCUUCAGAAAGUAUUCAUACCCCUUCACUUAUUACACAUAUUGUUGUGUUACAGCCUGAAUUCAAAAUGGAUUAAAUUGAUUUUUUUUCUCACCCAAUGACAUAGUGAAAACUAAUUUUAGCAAAUUUACUGAAAAUUAAAUACAGAAAUGUCUCAUUUACAUAAGUAUUCACACCCCUGAGUCAAUACUUUCUAGAAGCACCUUUGGCAGCGAUUACAGCUGUCAGUCUUUCUGGGUAAGUCUCUAAGAGCUUUCCACACCUGGAUUGUGCAACAUUUGCCCAUUACUCUUUUCAAAAUUAUUCAAGCUCUGUCAAAUUGGUUGUUGAUCAUUGCUAGACAACCAUUUUCAGGUCUUGCCAUAGAUAUCCAAGUAGAUUUAAGUCAAAACUGUAACAGGAACAUUCACUUUCUUCUUGAUAAGCAACUCCAGUGUAGAUUUGGCCUUGUGUUUUAGAUUAUUGUCUUGCUGAAAAGUGAAUUAAUCUCCCAGUGUCUGGUGGAAAGCAGACUGAACCAGAUUUUCCUCUAGGAUUUUCCCUGUGCUUAACUCCAUUCCAUUUCUUUUUAAUACUGAAAAAUUCCCCAGUCCUUAACGAUUACAUGCAACUGAGUUAGGAAGGACUCCUGUAUCGUUGUUGUGACUGGGUUUAUUGAUAAACCAUCCAAAGUGUAUUAAUAACUUCACCAUGAUCAAAAGGGAUAUUCAAUGUCUGUUUUUUUUAUGCAUCUACUAAUAGGUGCCCUUCUUUGUGAUGCAUUGGAAAACCUCCCUGGUCUUUGUGGUUGAAUCUGUGGUUGAAAUUCACUGCUCGCCUGAGGGACCUUACAGACAAUUGUAUGUGUGGGGUACAGAAAUGAGGUAGUCAUAAAAAAAGAAUGUUAAAAACUAUUAUUGCACACGGAGUGAGUCCAUGCAACUUAUUAUGUGACUUGUUAAGUAAAUGUUUACUCCUGUAGGCUUGCCAUAGCAAAUGGGUUGAAUACUUAUUGACUGAAGACAUUUCAGCUUUUCAUUUAGAAUUAAUUUGCAAACAUAUCGAAAAACAUAAUUCCAUUUUGAUAUUAUGGGGUAUUGUGUGUAGGCCAGUGACCCCAAAAAUCUAAAUGUAAUACAUUUUAAAUUCAGGCUGUAACAACAAAACGUGGAAAAAGUCAAGGGGUGUGAAUACUUUCUGAAGGCACUGUAGCUGUUUGAUUUCUAAGUGUUGGCAACUACUUGCUGCUCUACCUUGGCUCUUCCCCCCCAAGUCAAAGUCGAUAAUGUAAAACAUUGGUGUGAAUUUCUAGCAGUUGGGUAAAAGCCAACAGAAAUGCCAAUCCAUUUUAACACAAACAUUUCUACAGACACUCAGUUUACACUCUGCAGCAGAAACGGACUGCCCAUAACGCAGAAUGAUAAUUUGGCUAAUUGACUACUGUCCCACUAAAUAGACACAGGCCCAAAAUGGACCGGCCCAGGGCUGGGCUGAUUUCUGGUCCUUGUCCGCCCCUGCUCAGCAGAGUCAGGACACUGCAUGGUGAUGAUCACAGUGGUGAGAACAGCACUGCUCUCCAACAAAUCACAAAGUGUGUACCGAAGCUACCUGACUGGGGCCAUGAACACAGGCCAGCGAGGAUGAGUACCUAUUAUCUUUGGCGAAAUACAUCAUUAGACCUAAGCAGAUGAUGCACUGUAUAGUUUAGCUGGAAGUAGAGGAGAUAACUUAGUGAAAGAAGAGCUACAACUAUUGAAGGUGUAAUUUGUCAUUGGGCAACAGAUAAACGGUUUGUUUCUAAAAUUUCACUCACAGCCAAGGAACAAGGCAGGCAUGUCAGAGAGGAAAGCCAAUUAUCGUAAUUGAAGAAAGGAACUUAGAGUAGAGCUGAAGUUGGGCUUUAAAUGGGGGGCAUAUUGCCAACUGCCCUUCACUAAAGCCAUUUAAGAGUUUAGAGCUUCCAGAUAGACCACUAGACGUAUCAUGCACACUUACUGUAGACCCAAUGUACAGCUACCACAGUAGCUAUGGUGGAAAGGGUGUGGAAAGUAGGAAAUGGUGUCCGUAUGUUACUAUUCUCUGCCAAUUCUGUGCAGCAAUGAGAUGGUCCCAAAGACCUGCCAAGGGACACACCCGGGAGGGUCAAUUCACUCACUGCCUUUACACAGACUACUAAUCACCCAAUUUAGAUCCCACAUCUCCACUUUCCCCUGCCAAAGCGCAUCUCUCAAGGUGUGAGAGGACUGUCAACGUUAAGCUACAUGUCUAUUAAUAUUCUCCACAAAGAGAGGGAAUAUGGCAUCUCACUCUGCAUGGAAAAAGAGUGCCCGCCAUCCAUCAUUGGUAAUGCCCAUUGUGAGUUUUUGUCGGGACCCUGACUUUUCACACCGGCACCUUGAGAGGUCUAUUAUUUCAGAAGUUUAGAUAAAAAAGUCCUUUGCCUACAAAGAGAAAUGGAGGUUAAUUUUUUUACUUCGGUAAAAUGUCCCAUUCGCGCUAAUGAUGCUGUUCCUCUCCCGCUGCCCUCCCUCUGUGUAGAGACUCCGGAAAGACAGAUGAUUGAACAAACUUGAACUUAGGCUGCUGGAUUGAUUAAACACCAUCUCUCACAAAUCAUCCAUGACACGAGGCAAAAUUACACAACACUGGAAAUAGCUCUCCCCUUAAUGCCCGACUGCACUUCCUGAUUUGGCCUCGUUUUAGAUUUGGUUCAUUAAGAAACGCUAGCAGCAACGACUGAAUUGAAACAGGUGUUGGUUUCAGGGUGUGGUUUGAUGUGGAUGUCUCUUUUGUGUGUUCGCAGGUGGGAAGAGUUAGCCAAAUUAUUUUGCCAAUUAGCUUCAGCCUGCUGAUGUGCGACCGUGGCAAAUUGGUUUGACUUUGGAUAGCCUAUCUCCGGGGCUAGUUAGGGACCGUCAAUAAAUUACACAAUGUAAAUGAGACAAUAUUUUCAUGUUGCACACCUUUUAGUUUUCUCAUUAAAUGCUUUCAAUAUUUGUAUAUAGUAAUUUAUACUAUUUAUAGUUGGUUUGAGGUUUUUUAGUCAUUGAAAUUUGGAGCCAAUUUUUACAUAUUGUCCCAUGUAGCUUAACCUCAACAAGACAAACCUCCUCUUCCUUCAGGGUAAGGCCUGCCCGCUCCAAGACCUCUCCAUCACGGUUGACAACUCAGGUUCAUGAUCUACAACAUCCGUAGAGUACAACAUUACAUCACACAGGAAGCGGCACAGGUCCUAAUCCAGGCACUUGUCAUCUCCCGUCUGGACUACUGCAACUCUCUGUUGGCUGGGCUCCCCGCUUGUGCCAUCAAACCCUGCGAUUUAUCCAGAACGCAGCAGCCCACCUGGUGUUCAACCUUCCCAAGUUCUCUCAUGUCACCCCACUCCUCCGCACAUUCCACUGACUUCCAGUCGAAGCUCGCAUCCACUCAUCUCCCGCUCAGCCCAGUCAAAACUCUUCUUACUACGACUGUAAUAUGUGGUUGCCUCACCUAGCUAUCUUAAGAUGAGUGCACUAACUGUAAGUCACUCUGGAUAAGAGUAUCUGUUUAAUGACAUUUUAUUUUAACAAAUGACAUUGUAAUUUACCAAUGGUCCCUAACAAGCCCCACAGGGACAUCCAAAGUCAACCCAAAUUGACCACGGGCAUUACGAUUGGGCAGUGUUGUAAAGUACUUAAGUAAAAAUACUUUAAAGUGCUACUUAAGUAGUUUUCUGGGGUAUCUGUACUUUACUUUACUAUUUCUAUUUUUGCCAACUUUUACUUUUACUUCACUACAUUCCUAAAGAAAAUGAUGUACUUUUUACUCCAUACAUUUUCCCUGACACCCAAAAGUACUUGUUACAUUUUGACAGGAAAAUUGUCCAAUUCACACACUUAUCAAGAGAACAUCCCUGGUCAUCCCUACUGCCUCUGAUCUGGCGGACUAACUAAACACAAAAGCUUCGAUUGUAAAUUAUGUCUGAGCGUUGGAGUGUGCACCUGGCUAUCCUUAAACAAAUAAAAACUGGAAAAUGGUGCCGUCUGGUUUGCUCAAUAUAAGGAAUUUGAAAUGAGUUAUACUUUGACUUUGACUUUUGAUACUUAAGUAUAUUUAAAACCAAAUACUUUUAGACUUUUACUCAAGUAGUAUUUUACUGGGUGACUUUGACUUUUACUUGAGCCAUUUUCUAUUAAUGUAUCUUUACUUUUACUCAAGUAUGACAAUUGCGUACUUUUUCCACCACUGCGAUUGGGUCGUGUGUAGCUGACAAGCUGUUGGCAUGUGGGCAGGAUUGAAACAAACCCAAACUUCAUUUAGGAUGUGAUGUCUCACAAAACUCAGUUUGAGUUAUGACCAAAAUUAUCCUAUUUACACUUUGUAGUAAACUUUGACAGUAGAAUAAAUGGUUAUGACUAAUAUCAAUGCAACAACUGUUUUCUAAAUGAGAAGUUGUUUUUUAGGGGCAGUUGCUCUUUAAGUCCAGGCAUGCUUGGUGUUUUUCAAUUUAAGUUGAGUAAGUAAUACCCUCACCCUGUUGCCCUUUUGCUACGUUACACCCCAAACGCCUGCAUCUGAGAAUUACCCACUGUGAAGAAAUAUGAGUUAAUGCCAGUAGACAGUGAGAAGCCAAUCUGUGCUUUCUUUUUGCUUCAUUCCCCAGGAAGAAGAACUGGUGAGAGACAGCCGUGGGUUUUACUUCCGCGGCUACGGACUGGGUCACUGCCUGCAGACCAAAGACGGAACGGCUGUGGAGGGGGCCACAAUCUUCGCCCCGCCGGUGUCCACCGUAUACGAUGGCGAGGCGGUCCGCAAGCGCUUUGUGGACCGGGCCAAGCGCAUCGACACGAUAUCCCGAGCAGUCUUCCCUCUGAGCUUCCUCUUCUUCAACAUUUUCUACUGGAUUACCUACAAAGUGCUGCGACACGAGGACAUCCAUGCAAAUUUGUAA